CCGGCGCGGGAGUCGGAGGGUCGGAGAGCUGCACCCGUAGCAGCCGAGGGCAGGAAGGGGAGCGUUGCGGUAGAGGGCACUUCCGGCCGCACUAGGCCUUCCGGGGCGGAGGUCACCAUGGCGGCGUCCUUAGCUCGGCUCGGCCUCCGAUCUGUGAAGCAGGUUCGGGUUCAAUUCUGCCCCUUCGAGAAGAAUGUGGAGUCAACGAGGACCUUCCUCCAGGCGGUGAGCAGCGAGAAGGUCCGUUCCACUAACCUAAACUGCUCGGUGAUUGCGGACGUGAGGCACGACGGCUCCGAGCCCUGCGUGGACGUGCUGUUCGGAGACGGGCAUCGCCUGGUUAUGCGCGGCGCUCACCUCACUGCUCAAGAGAUGUUCACAGCCUUUGCCUCCCACAUCCAGGCCAGGGCUACAGCGGGAAGCGGGGAUAAGCCCGGCGCUGGUACCGGGCGCUGACAGCGCAGAAAAGCCCAACAAUCAGAUUUUAGCUUGGGAUUGUUAGGAUACCUACCUAAGAAGAGCUUGAGAGACUUCAUCACUCGAAUCACCGUCUGAAGAGACACGGAGCGCCAAAAAAAAGAGAGAGAGAGUCCCGUGAUUACUGAUAAACCAACGUUUCUGGAACGAGACACGAUCAGAUAGGGGUCUGGACAAACUUGAAUUUAUUUCACUUUCUUACCAUCGGCCCGUGCUUAACCCUUUUGAAUUUGGCUUCUCCCAUCACUCACUCAAGGUACCUCUUAGUCAUCAGCCAAAUCCAGUGCUGUUUUUCUCGGUCCUCAUCUUUCCAUCUCAGUAGCAUCUGCCACUUUUAAUUCACUCCCUUGUGGAACUUCUCUUCCUCUUGGGUCUUUUUCCUUUUAAUCAUAAAAGUGUACUGCUCUCAUCCUUCACUUUUUUCUCUAUUUCUGGGGCAUUUCAUCCUCUGUCAUAACAGAGGGUUAAAUCCUGCAUUUCUCUUUGGCUCUAAUCUCAACUACUCUGCUAAAGUCAGGUUACAUACUACUGAUUUCCUCCAAAUUCCACAACACUCUUUGUCCAAAAUAGAAUUGAUAAUCUUACAUACACAUAUACUUGCCUCUUCCCCUGACUUCCCCAUUCCUUUUAAGGGCACUCAUCUGCUCAGCCACUGGGGCUGGAAACCAUAGCAUUAUCUCUGGUUCUGCCCUCUCCCUUUCCCUGCAUAUCCAGUCAGUAAGUUCAGAAUAUUCUGUCUUAAACAAAAGCUUCUGAAAUGUUUUCUCCAUUCCCAUUCAUUUAACUGUAUCAUUGUAUUCUCCACCCAGUCUCCUUUUUUUCUGAUCAUUUUUGCUGCUAACUUUAUUUUUCAAAGCACAUCACUGUUUUUAUGUCUUGCUACUACUUGCUUCACACUGUGCCUAACAUGUUUUUCAUACUGGGUGUGGAUCAUGAAAUCAAUUUAGGGGGAUAAAUCAACCUUUAAAAAAAAAAGUAAAAUAGAACAAAAAGUAUCAGAGUGCAUGGCACAGGAAUGGGAAGUAUUCUUUUAAGAAAUUGUUCAGCCUAUAAUCAUAAAUAUACAUAUAUAAAAUAGAAAGUAUGUAUAUAUGUGUGUAUCUGCAUGUACUUGGUUGCAGUGUAGAAUUAUUCUUACCUCGGAUUGUAGGAAAAAUGGUUGAUGGCUACAGGUUUAGAGAACUUCAGAAUGCUUAGCUAGGCAAUCAAGGAUCUCUUGACACUGGCUGCUUGUGUCCUUUGCCAAAUACAUUUUCCAUGACUUUGCUACAGCGUUAGUACACUGCUGCUCUGCUUAAAAGGGUGCGAUCUUCAAGAGCUGGUUUUUCCCCCCUCCCCCUUUAAAAAAGAAACUACCAAAAAACAACCUACCAGGAGGGAGUAUGGUGUAGUAAAGAGCCAGAAUUCCUGGGGUUGAAAUCCUAACAUGGUCCCUAAGUAGCUCUGUGACUGUGGAAAAAUUAGUCUCAGUGCCUGUUUCCUCACUAGUAAAAUGGGGAUAAUAGUACCUAUCUCCUAGGACUGUUGAGAGGAUUAAAUGAGUUGGUAUCUGUAAAGCGCCUAGAACAUUACCAUGAGCAUAAGUGUUGUCUAAGGCCUUAUGCUAUAGCCGAAAGGACACUGCCCGCCUAGAUUGUAGUUCCUCAGCUUGAUGGUUAACUGGCUGUUAUCUCUGGCCAGAUUUUACUACUCUCCUCAUCUGUAAAUAUGGGGAUGGUUCAGACAUUGCUGUAAACAUAGAUUGAAUGCUGGCACUGUGAACUUGAGGUUGGGGCUGUUUUCUCUGUGUCCCCUGCACUUUACAUAGUGCCUGAUACAUAGUGUGCA